GAUAAAGAAAACAUGACUGACAGCUUGUCGAAGGAAAUCACAAAAUCUGGCAUCUCUCUUCUUUUUUUAGCUUCUGAGACCGCGAGAAAAAAAACUGGGAUUAGGAACGGCUUACAUACACGGCAUUCAGCACGCGUCAGGAAACUUCAUUAUCAUUAUGGAUGCAGAUCUCUCACAUCAUCCAAAGUUUAUCCCACAGUUCAUUGAAAAACAGAAAGAGGGUGGAUAUGACCUGGUGUCUGGCACAAGGUACAGAGGAGACGGUGGUGUUUAUGGAUGGGAUCUGCGCUGAAAACUUAUCAGUCGAGGUGCAAACUUUAUCAAACAAGUGCUGCUCAGACCAGGAGCAUCUGAUCUCACGGGGAGUUUUAGGCUCUAUAAGACAGAGGUUCUUAAAAAACUAGUAGAGCAAUGUGUGUCAAAAGGCUAUGUGUUCCAGUUGGAGAUGAUUGUCCAUGCUAGACAACUGGGUUAUACUGUUGGAGAGGUUCCUAUAUCAUUUGUGGACCGUGUUUAUGGGGAGUCCAAAUUGGGUGGAAAUGAAAUUGUCUCCUUCCUGAAAGGAUUGCUCACUCUUUUUGCCACUAUGUGACCUUUGACCUCAUUUGGUUAUGUUUAGUUUUGUGAUAUAUGUUUAGUGCUUAUCACUGCAGUGGAACUGAAAUUCAUGCUUUCCAAGUAACAAGUUCAUUACGAUGAGUUAUUUGUCCCAUAUCAGGCUACAGUAAAGUAAUGUUUGGAUUGCUUGGAUUUACCACUUUCCAUGUUCCAGUUAAUUUGGUCAAUUACUAGACUAUAUUCUGAAAUGUAUAUUAAAAUGUAAAAAAAAAAAAUCUACAUUUUAAUAAAAAGGACCAAAUUUAGAUAUUUUUUUUUAACACUAUUAAAUAAAGAAAGGUUCCAAAAGGCUGUUUUUGCAGCCAUGGCAUAGAAGAACCAUUCUUGGUUCCCCAUAGAACCUUUCAGUGAAUAGAACCAUUAAUGCCAAUAAAAAUAACUUUAUUUUUAAGAGUGUGUCGUCAUAUAAACUGCAUUUUCAAGGCUAUAAUCUU